ACGCAGCUAGUCACUGCCAGAUCCCUUUUUUGGUGGUUUCUGAAGGCUGACAGAAAUAAUCCGUAUCAACGAGGGCUCAAAUUUUAAUUAGUUUCAUUUGUCCAUUUGGCAGGAAUCUGAAAGGGAAGGAGCCCCCUUCCUCCCUCAGCCUGUGCUUGGAUUGACACAAGGUGGGAGAGUGAAGUCAUCAAGCCUGGGAGAGCAGUGGGUGUGCUGGGAGCAGGGCUGGGAAGGAAGGAGUGAAACGCCAGCUGUGCUGAUAAGUGGAGUUCCGCAUAUGUUUGUGCAAACCUGGCCAGAGAAUACAACUGAGGAGAAGCCACGUCCCACCUUCCUAGAGGCUCUGAUCCAGGGACCUGAGCAAGGGUCAUCUUGUGAAGUCUUCCAAGAAAAUACUAGCAGUUGUAAGAAAACUAUGUUUAACAAGAAUAACAUCUUCCUCCAGUCGGACUGAAACAGAAAUGCUCCUCUGAAGUUGGAAUUGGGAAAACACUAUCAUUUACUGCCUCGACCUUCUCUGAAACCUCAUGAUCAAAUCUUUGGUGAACAUCUGCUCAUCAUGGGGGCCAUGUGGUUAUGAUACUGUUCAGAUUUCAUCAUGCCUCCUACAGUAACAGACAUCCUUGACAUCUGGGCAGUGGAUUCACAGAUAGGAGCUGAUGGCUUAAUCUCUGUGGAUUUCCUGCUGCCCACUGGAAUCUACAUCAACCUGGAUGUCCCUAGAGAUGCCACCAUAUCUCAUAUUAAACAGCUACUAUGGAAGCAAGCACACAGCUAUCCCCUAUUUCAUCUCCUUAUGGAGAUUGAUUCUUACAUGUUCUCAUGUGUGAACCAGACAGCAGUACAUGAGGAGCUAGAGGAUGAAACGCGAAGACUCUGUGAUGUUAGACCCUUUCUUCCUGUCCUCAAACUUGUGACACGGAACUGUGACCCAGGGGAAAAAUUGGAUUCCAGAAUAGGUGUUCUCAUAGGAAAAGGCCUUCAUGAAUUUGAUGCCUUACCAGACCCUGAAGUGAAAGAAUUCCGUACAAAAAUGCGACGAAUCAGUGAAGAGAAGAAUCAGUCACUUGUUAGCCUGUCUUGGAUGGACUGGUUAAAGCACACUUAUCCCCCAGAACAAGAACCUUCUAUCCCAGAAAACUUCCAAGAUAAGCUUUAUGGUGGAAAUCUUGUAGUGGCCAUUCAUUUUGAUAACUGCCAGGAUGUAUUUAGUUUUCAAGUAUCUCCUAACAUAAAUCCUAUCAAGCUGAAUGAGUUGGCAAUCCGAAAACGUUUGACUAUCCGUGGGAGGGAAGAUGAGGAAAUCAAUCCAAGUGACUAUGUGUUGCAAGUUAGUGGAAGACUGGAAUAUGUUUUUGGUGAUCAACCAUUAAUUCAGUUCCAGUAUAUCCGUAACUGCGUGAUGAACAGGACUCUUCCUCAGCUGACCCUUGUUGAGUGUUGUAGCAUAAAGAAAAUGUGUGACCAGGAAAUGAUUGCCAUAGAAGCUGCCAUAAACCGAAAAUCAUCCAACUUGCCUCUUCCUCUGCCACCAAAAAAAACACGUACAGCUACUCAGCUGACCCAGAGUGUUUGGGAUGUUAGCAACCCUUUCAAGAUUAUUCUCUUAAAUGGUAACAAGUUGAACACAGAGGAAACUGCCAAAGUUAAUGUCAGGGCUGGUCUUUUCCAUGGGACUGAGCUCCUUUGCAAGCCUAUUGUAAGUACAGAAGUAUCAGGGAGAAGUGACCACGUUUGGAAUGAAACCCUAGAAUUUGAAGUCAAUGUUUGUGACUUGCCAAGAAUGGCUAGGCUGUGCUUUGCAGUUUAUGCCGUGAUGGACAAAAUGAAAACUAAGAAGUCAACCAAGACAAUGAAUACUUCCAAAUAUCAGACCAUUAGGAAAGCUGGAAAAGUGCACUAUCCUGUAGCAUGGGUAAAUACCAUGGUAUUUGAUUAUAAAGGACAGUUGAAGACUGGAGACUUCAUGUUGCACAGCUGGUCAUCAUUUCCUGAUGAACUUGAAGAAAUGUUGAAUCCAAUGGGAACAGUACAAACUAAUCCUUACACUGAAAAUGCAACAGCUUUGCACAUUAAAUUUCAAGAAUACUCAAAACUGCCUAUUUAUUACCCUCCCUUUGAUAAGAUACUUGAAAAGGCAGCUGAAAUUGCAAAAAGCAGUGACAGUGCUAUGGCAGGUCGAGGUGGCAAGAAGUUCUAUGUUGUGCUAAAAGAAAUCAUGGAAAGGGACCCCUUGUCUCAACUCUGUGAAAAUGAAAUGGAUCUUAUUUGGACAUUGCGCUAUGACUGCCGUGAAAAUUUUCCACAAUCAUUGCCAAAAUUGCUGCUUUCUGUAAAAUGGAACAAACUUGAAGAUGUUGCUCAGCUCCAGGCUCUUCUUCAGAUAUGGACAAAACUGCCUCCUAGAGAAGCAUUAGAGUUGUUAGAUUUCAAUUAUCCAGACCAGUACGUAAGAGAAUAUGCUGUUGGUUGCUUAAAGCUAAUGAGUGAUGAAGAGCUUUCGCAGUAUCUUCUUCAGCUCGUACAAGUUCUGAAGUAUGAACCUUUUCUUGAUUGUGCCCUCUCUCGAUUCCUACUAGAGAGAGCACUUGCUAAUAGAAGGAUAGGGCAGAUGCUUUUUUGGCAUCUAAGGUCAGAGGUGCACAUACCUGCAAUUUCAGUACAGUUUGGUUUAAUACUUGAAGCUUACUGCCGAGGAAGUGUUGUUCACAUGAAGGUGCUUUCCAAGCAGGUGGAAGCCCUUAAUAAGAUGAAAACCUUAAAUGGACUAAUAAAACUGAAUGCCAUGAAGCAAAGCAAAGCAAAAGGAAAAGAUGCAAUGCACACCUGCUUGAAACAAAAUGCUUACAGAGAAGCACUUUCUAACCUCCAAUCUCCUUUGAAUCCUUCUGUUAUACUCUCAGAACUACACAUUGAGAGGUGUAAAUACAUGGAUUCUAAAAUGAAGCCUUUAUGGAUAGUAUACAACAAUAAGAUGUUUGGAGGGGAUUUUGUAGGGAUCAUUUUUAAAAAUGGUGAUGAUCUACGGCAAGACAUGCUGACACUCCAGAUUUUACGUUUGAUGGACCUCCUUUGGAAAGAAGCUGGUCUAGAUCUUCGGAUGUUGCCGUAUGGCUGUUUAGCCACAGGAGACCACUCUGGCCUUAUUGAGGCUGUUUCAAAUUCAGAAACUAUUGCAGAUAUUCAGCUAAAUAGUAGCAAUGUUGCUGCUGCUGCUGCCUUCAACAAAGAUGCUCUCUUAAACUGGCUAAAGGAAUACAAUUUAGGAGAUGACUUGGAUCGAGCUAUUGAAGAGUUCACCCUGUCUUGUGCUGGCUACUGUGUAGCUACUUAUGUGCUUGGAAUUGGUGACAGGCAUAGUGAUAAUAUCAUGGUCAGAAAGAAUGGUCAGCUCUUCCACAUAGAUUUUGGGCAUAUUCUUGGAAACUUUAAAUCCAAAUUUGGGAUUAAAAGGGAACGAGUGCCUUUCAUUCUCACUUAUGAUUUCAUUCAUGUUAUUCAGCAAGGCAAAACAGGAAACACUGAAAAAUUUGGUCGGUUCCGCCAGUAUUGUGAAGAAGCCUACUUGAUUCUGCGAAGACAUGGUAACCUCUUUAUCACGCUCUUUGCACUGAUGUUAACUGCAGGUCUUCCAGAACUAACCUCUGUCAAGGAUAUCCAGUAUCUCAAGGACUCUCUUGCCUUAGGGAAGAGUGAGGAAGAAGCACUAAAGCAAUUUAAACAAAAAUUUGAUGAAGCACUCCGGGAAAGUUGGACUACUAAAGUGAAUUGGAUGGCUCACACUGUUAGAAAGGAUUACAGAUCCUAAGUGUGUUUUGGAUUUGCACUAAGCUGAACAUUACCCUGCCAAUGCGUGUUUUUAAAAAGGGAUCUGUAGCUUGGACCAACAAAAUAUUUAAAAACAAGAAAACAGGAAAUGGCCUGAAUAAUUCCUGAUUCUUUUGCACUCUGCUUCCAAAUGCUUGAUCCCAAAAUUUUUCUGUACAAAUGGUAAACUUCCUGGAUAAUCAGUUCCUGCUGACUUUGCACGCGGAGAGCUACUAGGCAUUUUUUAAUUAUAUGGUACUUUAAGA